AUAAUCAAUGUUUCAUCUCUAGCUCUUUUAAGUUUUGGUUGCUAUUUAUGUAAAUGUUUAGCGAAAUUGCGGAAAAAGUGCAUAUCGGUGCGCUCGAUUGCUGAAAAAGUAGUUGCGUUGCAAACGGCGAAGAGCCCAUCAAAGGCGGCCCAGUAACCAGGCGAUCGGAGGGCCAAAGGAGCAUCAAGUCGACGUGUUGUAUUCGGGGCGCGGCGCCUGCAGAAAACGGACAAAACAUCCUUAGGACAGCCACACAAAGGCACAUCGAUACUUUCAGCCACCGCACACAAUGGCCGAGCGACCGAAAAAUUUGUUUGCAACCGGAUCCAGUCGCUCCCGCAAUCCCCCGGAUCAGCUAAGCCUGAACAACCUUAGCAUACGCCAUCCGCCCUCGUCCACGUCGUCAACUUCUUCGGGAUCCACAUCCUCGGGCUCAAGUUCCUCAUCACAGCACAACCAUGUGACCCGCUGUUUUGGCGCCCAGCAGCCACAGCAGACCCCGCCGGUGGCCAGCAGUCAAGUGCCACCGGCACCGGCAGCAUCGAGCAGCAGCGCUGCCGAUCGUCACCGGGAGCGUAUUCGGCAGCAGGCCUGUGGCAAGCUACAGUUUGGUGAGGGUGCCGCCAAUACACACACAUUUACUUCAGACGAUCUCGAGGAUGAGGGCGAAAUUGGACGCGGUGCAUUUGGGGCAGUCAACAAGAUGAUCUUCAAGAAACUGGACAAGGUAAUGGCCGUGAAACGCAUUCGAUCUACCGUAGAUGAAAAGGAACAGAAGCAACUGCUCAUGGAUCUCGAGGUGGUCAUGAAGUCCAACGAGUGCAUCUACAUUGUUCAGUUCUACGGCGCGCUGUUCAAGGAGGGUGACUGCUGGAUUUGUAUGGAGCUGAUGGACACCUCGUUGGACAAGUUCUACAAGUACAUUUACGAAAAGCAGCAGCGCCACAUUCCAGAGUCCAUACUGGCUAAGAUAACAGUGGCCACGGUCAAUGCACUGAACUAUUUGAAGGAGGAGCUUAAGAUUAUCCAUCGGGAUGUGAAGCCGAGCAAUAUUCUAUUGCAUCGUCGCGGAGACAUAAAGCUGUGUGAUUUUGGUAUUUCGGGUCAGCUGGUUGACUCUAUUGCCAAGACCAAGGAUGCGGGAUGCAGGCCCUACAUGGCGCCGGAGCGCAUCGAUCCUGAGCGUGCCAAGGGCUACGAUGUACGAAGCGAUGUUUGGUCUUUGGGCAUAACUUUGAUGGAGGUGGCGACUGGUAAUUUCCCCUAUCGCAAAUGGGACUCUGUUUUCGAGCAGUUGUGUCAGGUUGUGCAAGGCGAACCGCCUCGACUAUUAACAUCCUAUAACGGUAUGGAGUUCUCCAAAGAGUUUGUGGACUUUGUCAAUACUUGCCUAAUUAAAAAGGAGAGCGAUCGACCCAAGUAUAGCCGGCUGUUGGAGAUGCCCUUCAUUCGACGCGGUGAGACGAGCCACACUGAUGUUGCCGUGUAUGUGGCCGAUAUUCUGGAGUCAAUGGAGAAGGAUGGCAUUACACAGUUCACGGCCAACCAGCAGGCAGAGAGUUAAUCACCCUAAGCAAGAAUGCAAGUCAUAAAUGAACUAAGAUUCAAGAGGAUCACAACAACAUGCAUAACUAAACAGAUGAAAGCAGAUAAAAAGUUUUAAUUGUUGUCUACUUUGUAGCAUUCGUAGAAAACCUAGCGCAUAUUUUGUUAAACAGAAAAACAAAACUAAGCGAAAUGUGUGUAAGCUGAUAGUAAGCAAAAUGUGUGUAUAGUUUAAAGUCCAUAAAGCCUAUUGUAAUUCAAUAACUUUUGUAUUCGCAGUUUUGUGCGUUAAGUUUUGUGUUGAAAAUAAAUUUGUGUUUACGACAGGCAAGCGGCGGGUUACAGGCGAAUACAUUG